AUGGAUCUGGCGUCAUGUAAACUACAAAAUCGUAAUUUAGUACAAAAUGGAGCAUUAGUGGCAUUGAAUAUCAUUUUGAUUAUGAGCGAUGAGGGAGAAACUACUGUGACAAAUAAUGAAGUAAGUAGUGGUGAACAGGAUGAUGUGGUGACUAUGGAUUGUAAUAGUAGCGGAGAUAUCGAUGCAGAACAAAUAGAUGAUCUUAUGAAUGAUGCGUCGGUGUUACCGAAAGAAGACACAAACGGAGUACAAGCAUUAGAAAAACGCAUUCUUCAUAUGUUGAUUACAUUACAAGUGCGAUACUUCGUGUCAGAAGCAUCUGUGAACUAUGUUGCUCGCUCUUUAUCGCAUAUUUUUGAAUUUGCCGGUUCCUGUCAGCCCGAUUUAAAAAUAACAUCUCUUUUGCUAGAACGGUUCGUCAAACCAGAUUUUCGUUUAAAAAAAGCCACUGAAUAUUUUAAUUACAUCGCUCCAGUACCCAAAUCUUACGCGGUUACUACUGAAACAUAUAAACAUGGGCAACGUGUGACAGAGGGAAAAAAAGUCAAAUAUUGUUAUGUUCCAUUUUACGAAAGCUUGAGUAAUUAUUUACAACUGCCAGAAGUACAGAUAGAUCUAAACCGUAGAAUACCUCCUCAUGAUCCGAAAAACAUACAUGAUUUCUACGGUGGAUCUUUCUGUAUGAAUCAUCCACAAUUCAAAAACGAAAAUUAUCUAAAAAUUGAGCUGAACAGUGAUGAUCUGAACAUUAGCAACCCAGUUGGGAAUCGCAUUGAGGUGGACAUUAAUGGGAUCAAAAAACAAUAUUUCGGUGAUUUAUUUUUCACUCUUGGUGAUUUUCCUGCGUCGACAUCUUUACAUGGGUUCAAAGAAAGUGUCUCAGCGCAACAUUUUUGUCCUUUAUGUGAUGUCACUAAAGAUUGUUUUGAACGCGAUAUCCUCUAUGAUUUUCCAUGUAUCACUCUUAACGAGUAUCGAACACGAUGUAAAGAAUUAGAAGAAUUAGAUCGAUACAAUACAGCGUUUGCAUAUUUUUCUAAACGCUUUGGUAUCAACAACAGAAGUUUAUUCGAUGAAUUACAACUAUUUGACGUAACCGUACAAUUAUUAUUCGAUCCAAUGCACGUUCUAUUGGAAGGAAUAGUAAAAAACCAUUUACACGCGUUUAUCGAUUACUGUGUGACAAACAAUUUAUUUUCAAUGAAAGAAUUUUGUGACAACGUCAACAAAUUUCAGUACAACAAAACGGUUAAUUUCGUUUCACAACAAACAAUUCAGAUUGCUUUAUCCGGGCAAGAUGAAACCAAAAUUUCAUUUUCUGACGCAUUUUCCGAGACAAAUGGCUUUGUUUGGCCCAUUGAGGUGAGCUAAUCGUAACCCAGCAUCUUUUUUACUCAUUCUUGCUCUUGCUUAGAUACAUCAACUGUCUUGCAUCGGAAAGAAAACAUCAGUUUUUCAAAGCCAACAAGUCAAGAAAUU